AUGAGAGGAGGAGCGUUGCGUAUAGUCUUGGAAAGGAACAACCAAAAAGAUGAGGCAAGACCGUUCUGGAACAUGUAUUGUAAUGGAAAGAGAGUUGGGUACGCAAGAAAACGCCGUCCGUCUAAGGAUGAUAUGGUGGCUUUAACCGCUUUGAGUAAGGUUGUUGUUGGAGCUGGACUUGUGACUGGGAAAGAACUUGGCCGGUUCGAUGAUGAGUUGAUGUAUUUGAGAGCUAGUUUCAGAAAAGUUUGUGGUUCGAAGGAAUCUGAAUCUUUCCAUCUGAUUGAUCUAGCUGGGAAUAUUGGACAAGAACUCAUUCGAAUUCUCAUUGUUUACCAUGUUGCAAGAUAA